CCGGAAGUGCCGCUCGCUGCUCGGCGGUGGCGGGCAGGUGUCUACGAGCGGCCUGCGCGGCCGCGUGGGCCAUGGGGCGGCGGUCGCGGGGCCGGCGGCUCCAGCAGCAGCAGCGGCCCGAGGGCGCGGAGGACGGCGCCGAGGGCGGCGGGAAGCGCGGCGAGGCGGGCUGGGAAGGCGGGUACCCUGAGAUCGUCAAGGAGAACAAGCUGUUCGAGCACUAUUACCAGGAGCUCAAGAUCGUGCCCGAGGGCGAGUGGGACCAGUUCAUGGGCGCACUCAGGGAGCCUCUCCCGGCCACUUUAAGAAUUACUGGUUACAAAAGCCAUGCAAAAGAGAUUCUCCAUUGCUUAAAGAACAAGUAUUUCAAGGAAUUGGAGGACUUGGAGGUGGACGGUCAGAAAGUUGACGUUCCACAGCCACUGAGUUGGUAUCCUGAAGAACUUGCCUGGCACACAAAUUUAAGUCGAAAAAUCUUAAGAAAAUCUCCACAGUUGGAAAAGUUUCAUCAGUUUCUAGUUAGCGAAACUGAAUCUGGAAAUAUCAGCCGUCAAGAAGCGGUUAGCAUGAUCCCACCGCUGCUGCUCAAUGUCCAGCCUCAUCACAAGGUAGCAGACUUUAACUAGAAACCUGGGGUGAAAUGACUCCACUUAUGCUACGUUUCACGUGAUGGUACUGAUUUUAUGUUCCCAGAGGGAUUUGUUAUCGCUAAUGAUGUGGACAACAAGCGCUGUUAUCUGCUCGUUCAUCAAGCCAAACGAUUAAGCAGUCCCUGCAUCAUGGUGGUAAACCAUGACGCAUCCAGUAUCCCCAGACUCCUGAUAGACGUGGAUGGAAGGAAAGAGAUUCUCUUCUAUGAUCGAAUUUUAUGUGAUGUCCCUUGCAGUGGAGAUGGCACUAUGAGAAAAAACAUUGAUGUUUGGAAGAAGUGGACCACCUUAAAUAGCUUGCAGCUACAUGGCUUACAGCUACGUAUUGCAACUCGAGGUGCUGAGCAGCUGGCAGAAGGUGGGAGGAUGGUGUAUUCCACGUGUUCACUAAACCCCAUCGAGGAUGAAGCAGUCAUAGCGUCUUUGCUGGAAAAAAGUGAAGGGGCUUUGGAGCUGGCUGAUGUGUCUUCUGAAUUACCAGGGCUGAAAUGGAUGCCUGGAAUCAUGCAGUGGAAGGUAAUGACAAAAGAUGGGCAGUGGUUUACAGAUUGGGAUGACGUCCCUCACAGCAGACACACCCAGAUUCGACCCACCAUGUUCCCACCAAAGGACCCGGAAAAGUUACAAGCGAUGCGCCUAGAGCGGUGCCUUAGGAUAUUACCACAUCAUCAGAAUACUGGAGGGUUCUUUGUGGCUGUAUUAGUGAAAAAAUCAUCAAUGCCAUGGAAUAAACGUCAACAGAAGCUGCAGGGUAAGUCUGCAGAGAGCAGAGAAACCACACAGUUGAGCCCUGCAGAUCCCACAGAAGGGAAACCCGCAGACCCCUCCAAGUUGGAAAGCCAGUCGGUCACAGGAACUGGUGACACAGAAAUAAUUCAAACAACUGAGAAUUUAGAGAAUAAUGGCAAUAAGAAAGACGGUGUGUGUGGUCCUCCUCCUUCAAAGAAAAUGAAGUUAUUUGGAUUUAAAGAAGAUCCAUUUGUGUUUAUUCCUGAGGAUGACCCGCUCCUUCCUCCUAUUGAGAAAUUUUAUGCUUUGGAUCCCUCCUUCCCCAAGAUGAACUUGUUGACUCGGACUACAGAAGGGAAGAAAAGGCAGCUCUACAUGGUUUCCAAGGAGCUGCGGAACGUGCUGCUGAAUAACAGCGAGAGGAUGAAGGUUAUUAACACAGGGAUAAAAGUCUGGUGUCGAAAUAACAGUGGUGAAGAGUUUGAUUGUGCUUUCCGGCUGGCACAGGAGGGAAUAUAUACAUUGUAUCCAUUUAUUAAUUCAAGAAUUAUUACUGUGUCAAUGGAAGAUGUCAAGACACUACUGACCCAGGAAAAUCCAUUUUUUAGAAAACUCAGCAGUGAGACAUAUAGUCAAGCCAAGGACCUGGCAAAGGGAAGCAUCGUGCUGAAGUACGAACCGGAUUCUGCGAACCCAGAUGCCCUUCAGUGUCCCAUCGUGAUGUGUGGGUGGCGGGGAAAGGCCUCCAUCCGAACGUUCGUGCCCAAGAAUGAACGGCUUCAUUAUCUCAGGAUGAUGGGGCUGGAGGUGUUGGCAGAGAAGAAGAAAGAAGAGGUUGUUCUAGCAGGCGAGAGCGCAGGCAGUGCCGGGCAGCCAGAGGACGAGGUGAGUGAGGAGCAGAGAGCAGGGGAGGCCGGCAGCCUAGAUGCAGAAGCAGACUGUGACCCGGAUGCGGAAGCAGGCUGUGACCCGGCUGGGGCCGAGCCACCCCGGUGAGCAGGCCCCGGCAGGCCUCCGCCUUGGUCGUCGUCGUCUGAAACCAAAUCCAGAACUGAUUCCACCGUUUCUAAAGACGCAGACUGACGGGUGAUAGGAGCGGUCUGAGUGAUCAGCACUGCUUUCCUGUGCUUAGAAAAGGUAUUCUUUGGGCAUCUUAGGAGUUGCUCUUUUUACUUUGUUUCUUUGGCCAAGCUGGGUCUAGUGUGUCUGCUUCUGGUCAUAGACUUUCACUGUUAAAGUCAUACUUCUAUCAAGAAAUAAAACUACCCUUGCAGAAAUUUCAGGUCCCUUUUGUUAAGCCUAUAUUGGUCUUAAGGUCCAGUAUUUUUUUAAUUAUUAUUUAUAGAAAGGAUCUAUAACUCUGAAUUGUUGGGAAACUGUACUAUAAGCUUUAAUAAUUGAGUUGCACAUUAGCAGUGUGACCUUAACAUGCAGUGGGAUUAAUAUCUGAGGCCUCAGAUGACUUCUGUGCCUUUUGUAAUAAAGGAUAAAAUAAAAUGUUUGUGAGAGUAAGAGCUGUAUCGUGAAUUGUGAUACUAAUUAUGAGGGGAUUUUAUGUGCUUUUAUUGAAUGAAGUGCUUUGCAAUUUUUAUUUUUAAAUGGGGCUUGGGAUCCUUGGAAUAUUUAAAUAAAGUUAUUAA